UAGGGCGUUGCUGGAGAAAGCAUCCCCUGGCGACGUUUCCCCAAAGCGCCGACAUAAGCGAAACGAGCCAUGGCGCCGCCGCCGGAGGGUCUGGAGGUGCGGUGCGCGGGGUGCGGCGAGACGCUGGAGGUGGAUCCGGGGCUGACCGAGUUCAUCUGCCCGGACUGCGCCACGCCUCAGUCGCUCCCACCGGAGCUCAUGCCGCCGCCGCCGCCACGCCGGAAGGCGCUGCCCCUGCCCCGCGCCGCCGCCGACGUCCGGGGCGCGCGGCUUCCGUGCGGCUCAUGUGGAGCGCUACUGAGCGUGCCGGUCGGGCUGGCGCGCUGCGCCUGCCCAGUCUGCGGCACCGAGCUCGCCAUCGACACCGCGCGGCUUCGGCAUUACCUCCUGUCGUCCGCUACGGCGGAGGGCGCCGUACCCGUGGUGCCAGUCGGCAACUCCUCAGCGCCACCGAUCCUCCAAGCCCAGGAGGUGCAUCAAGAACAUCCUAAUUUUGGAAUUUGUGUAGGAUUUCUGCAAAAAGAGCCUGAUAAUCGCCCAGAUUGUAUGGAACAGGUACAAGCAAAGCAUCCAAAACAGCUAAUUCCAGAGCAGGCAUAUCAAGAUAAUCCUCAUUAUACUAGCGAAAGAGAGGAGGUACAUGAUAUGAAUGGAAUUUUUACUAGGCAUACUAAGCAGACAAACAUGCACCGAGUUGGCCCUGGAACUGUUAGUGCAGAAAAGAGAGACGGAGAGCCUCUAAAUCAUGUCCAGCAUCAGGCAAAAGUUCAAUGUUCCACAACACGUAUAGAGGAGAGGCAGCCGCUGACUCCCAAUCAGAUCAUCCAACAGGCACACAACCAGCCUUCUGGUCGUGCGAUAUGUACAGAAAGUGCUCACGCGGAGGAUGGAGAUGGGGUGAUUCAUGUCCAUGAAAAGAAACAGCAGCAUGUCAAUCAGGCAAACCAAACAGAAGGGUUAUGCACUCAAGUGGUCAAUGAGAAUAUUGCAGGGGACAGCAACAGAAGGGGAGUCAGGUGCGCAGCUCGCUGCGAUGCUACAGGUGCACGGAAGAGGAAGGCGCAUGAAGCAAAUGAAGCUAUAAAGCAUGCGCAGCGACAACAAUAUGAUUCAGAGUAUCAUAUGGAAUCAGAAAACCAAGUGACCUGUGCAGAAAAGGAAGAGUUAAAAUCUUCCAGUUGCAGAAUCCUCAAGCGAAAAAAGAAGGGUUUGGCAGCUGCUUCAAAUUCAGGUCUUCAACUUAGGCGCAGCAAACGUUUGGCAAAAGAUUCACCUGCUUCCAUAGACCAAAAACAUGUUCAAAAUGAGUUUCUUGAACUGCCGGCUUCUCCAGGUGGCCAAGCAUCAGAUACAGUUAUAGACAAUGAACCAAUACCCCGGGGGACUGUUGAGAGUCAAGGAGGGACUCCGACUAGCCACAUACAAGCCACUAUCACAAAUAGCGAACCACCAGAAAGUGAUCAUGAUGAGCAGCAUGCUGGUUUUCCGGAUCAGAGUUUAUCUGACUCUCCAGAUAUUGAUAGAGUCAUCAACGAUAUAUGUCCUAGUCCAUCCCCUCGGCAGGAGGUGCCCGAACCAAGCACUAACGAGUUAGACGGCCAUCAUUUAUCUACACCACCACCUUCACAUCUUGACUUGUCCGAUCCCGAGCAGUUUGCGCGUAAUUACAUACCCCCGGAGGUUAGAAAGGCCCUUGCAGAUCUGGGGUCUAAUUCACUCUUUGAGCAUACAAUGUCCCAGGCAAGCUCUAAUGAAGCAUGCCUGCGUGAUUUAACUGAUUCAGAAGGGGAUGACCCUUCGUUCUCGACUCGACAGAAUGUUGCAGGUACGAACAGAAACCAGAGGCGUCAACGUGGUCUGACACUCAGUCUUAAUGUGUGGACACUACCUAAGGGUGUGCUCAUACCAGUUUCACUGAACACUUCAGGUGAACCCGUUGGAAAAGAGGCAGGCACCUUGAGUAAUUUUUUGAGCGCAAUAGCACGAGAUGGAAUAUUGGCACCUCUGAUAUAUCAGGAUUGGAGGUGUGUUCCAGAGAAAAACAAGGAUAUAAUGUGGCGUAUUGUCAAGCUCAAAUUUGACAUAGCCCCAAUUGGUGAGCUGUGGAUCAUAAAGUCUCUAGGAAAAAGGUGGAGAAGUUGGAAAUGUAACUUAAAAGUACACCAUUUUGAUACUCAUGAGACAGAAGAGGAACGCCUUGCUGACCGAAAUCCUCGUGUUAGCAAAGAACAGUGGCGAUUCCUAGUUUCAUAUUGGAGUACUGAAAAGGCGACGGCUGCAAGUGCUCGCAAUAGAGCUUGCCAGGCAAACGUCGUUGCUCAUCAUACUGCAGGAACAAAGAGCUUCGCAAGGAUAAUUGAAGAGGAGAAGAAAAAACGACCAAACAAGGAUGGGCCUACUGUUACGGAUUUGUUCGUAUUGACUCAUACACACAAGAAUGGGAAACCUACAAAGAAGGCAACAGCUGAUAUCAUUGCACGAAUGCAUGAAGAUUCCCAGAAGCGGGCAGAAGGCUCGGGAAGUGAUUCUACCACACACAAGUCUGUACUGGAGUUCUCCUCGAAGGGCCUACGAGGGAAGACAGCCCUGCAAGCAUCCUUCAAGGAAGCUAUGGAGGCUAAACAGAAAGCUGAAGACGAGGCAGCCGCGUUGAAGGAAAAAAUGAUGGCAAUGGAAGAAAGCCAGAGAAAAAUGCAGGAGGAUUUGGCAAAUUUGAAGAGCACAGUUAGUGCCAUAGACAAGACAGUGCCAACUGGUGACUUACCAGGUCAACAAAUGCACAACAGAGCGUCUGGUACCAACUUUCAAGGUAAACUAACAGGUGGACCAUCGUUUCCUCCAGGUUUCGCACAGAAUCCAGAUCCUUCGGUACGAAGAUCAGGUCGAAAACGCGCCAAGCACAUGUGAAAGUAUGCAUCCAUAUCUUGAUUUUCCUGCACACCAUAUGAUCAUUUCACACCGCCUCAUCAACAGCACUCAGCAUGCAAUGAUGCAAUGCCAUCUUUAUCAUGGCAAUGAUUUUUUUUUUUAACUGGUGGCAAUGGAUCUAUGAAAUGAAGAAGAAAGUGGACUAGGGCGGUAGCUGCUUGUUCAUGUGGACUCCCAAAAGCUAGAAUUGAACGUAUGUACUUCAGCAUUAUGUUUAUUGGUUGUUGUAACCGAAGACUCUGGAUCAUGAUAUGCCUGUUAUGUUUGAACGUGAUUACGUCUUAGCAUUUUUCUUUUA